GCCUCCCCAAGUCAGCGUUGUGCGUCAAGCGUAUUGUUACAUCAUAUUCCUUCCCCAGAAACGUUCGCACACAUACGCACCCACGCCUCCAGCGUCAUAAACCCAACUUCGUCAUCGUCGUCACCAUGGCCCCAACUGAAACUAAGUCGUCAGAAAAUCCUUUGUCAGAAACCAACGGCGACAAGAAACCCGAAGUCAAGUCGGAAGCCGCUACCAACAACGAACCAGGUCGACCGCUGGCGCCUCCUCCUAAGCCGGGCGAAGAUUACUUUUCCAGUAACCUAAGCCUCGAACCCAAUCCGUUCGAGCAGUCGUUUGGCACGGGAGGUACGGUAGAAACACCGGGUGGAACUAAGUUGCCCAGCGUGGCUGCCCUAACCUCACCGUCGUCACUGUUACCCGGGAACGGGAACACGCCGUUCAACUGGGGAGGCGGAUCUCUUAGGACGGGACCGCUAAGCCCAGCGAUGCUUUCUGGCCCGGCGAAUGACUAUUUCGGCGAUACAUCGCAUACUCUUCGUGGAGGAUUUACACCUAACGAGAGUUCUCUGCGAACAGGUUUAACACCGGGUGGGAGUGGCUCUAUGUUUCCUGCCCCAAGUCCUAACUCGCAAGCCCUCUUUGCCCAAAUAGCAAGUGGCACUGCAACUCCUAGUACUCUUGAUUUUCAUCGAACUGCUAUGAGCGCAGCCGCGGCGAAGGCAAACCGUGACAAGCAGCAACCCCAGCCCGCAACGUCGCAACCUGCGGAGACGAACGGCGCGACAGUUAAGACUGAAGCUAAGCCAGCGUCGGGUGCUUUUGACCCGCAUGAUAACGACGCUGCAAAUGGGUUGUAUAUGCUAGCUCAAGGUGCACAAGGUCGGAACGGCACACAAACACAAUAUCCAGUGGGUGGCAAUCAACCAGUCCAUGCUCAUCCUGCUCCACCCCAACCGAACCAAUCUAGCAGUGCUUCACCCCACAUGAACGGCAACGGCGUAACUUCCUCAACACCUGCCAGGGGGGUUAGUGAGGCGGCCAGUGGUGUUUCGGAAGAAAGUGAGCCGGCGAAGCCGAACAUAAGAAAGGGGAAGCGCGGGGGUGCUGCGGCUACGAAUGGACGACGCAAAGCUGAAGAGGCGCCGGCAAAGCAACCUGCCAACAAGAAGCCCAAGACGGCAUCAUCGAUAAAUAGCAAUGAUCAUUCAUCGGACGAUGAUGAUGAUGAAGAUGAGAAGGGCGAUGGCUCUCAACCCAAGUCAAAAAUGACUGACGAGGAAAAGCGUAAGAACUUCCUCGAGCGAAAUAGGGUUGCCGCUUUGAAGUGUCGUCAGCGAAAGAAGCAAUGGCUAGCUAAUCUUCAAAACAAAGUGGAGAUGUUUAGCAGUGAGAAUGACGCUUUAACAGCCCAAAUUUCUCAACUGAGGGAAGAGGUGGUUAACCUCAAGACCCUCUUACUAGCCCACAAAGACUGCCCGGUAACACAGCAACAAGGGUUACACGGAGCAUUUAUGCAACAAGCAAUGGAAACUUAUAAUCCGCAGAUCAACCCAUAUGGCAUGGCAGCGCCUAUCCCAAACCAACCGGUAAUGGCUGGACAAGGAGUACAGCGACGCUUCUCAUAGGAUGAUGAAGCCGCUUCUCAAAACCAUUCAGUCUAUCCAGACCCGACUGGUAGCCAACCCGCUCAAUGAUCAACACUUAAGGGGUUUCGGAUGGUAAAAGUCUCGUCUCCCUCAACAAUGUUGGCGACCAAGCGGUUUGCUUGUCUUUAUUACAAAAGGCCUCUCAAAUGGUAUCGGGUGGUAGGAAAAGUAAUGAGGCGCUCUUGCUCUUCUCAC